CGGGGUGCCAAGGCCAGCUCUCUUUGGCCCCUGCUCCACAGCCCCUGCUGGGCACUGGGCUGCUUCUCCCAGUUCCUCUUGCCUUCUCCCACUAAAGGCAAAUCCACUGCCUCCCUGGGGCCCAGGAGAGUUGGCGUGAUCCACCCUAGGCGCCGCUACUCCCUGAGUGACGUCAUGAGCACGGCCAGGUCUUUAUCAGUUCUGCCAGAUAAAAAGCCAACCGCACUGGGUCUGGAGAGACAGAAAGGUGCUGUGCAGCAGAUACCUUGGGGUCUCAAAGAAGCAGUGGCCACCAGCAUGGGUGCAGGCCGCGACGGGUCCUACUUCCCCGGCAAUCACUGGCUCGCCUUCUCCGUGUACCUCCUCACCUUCCUGGUGGGGCUCCCCCUCAACCUGCUGUCCCUGGUGGUCUUCGUGGGCAAGCUGCGGCGCCGCCCGGUGGCCGUGGACAUGCUCCUGCUCAACCUGACCGCCUCGGACCUGCUCCUGCUGCUGUUCCUGCCCUUCCGCAUGGUGGAGGCAGCCAGUGGCAUGCACUGGCCCCUGCCCUUCAUCCUCUGCCCGCUCUCAGGAUUCAUCUUCUUCACCACCGUCUAUCUCACCGCCCUCUCCCUGGCAGCCGUGAGCAUUGAGCGCUUCCUGAGCGUGGCCUACCCGCUGUGGUACAAGACCCGGCCGAGGCUGGGACAAGCGGGUGUGGUGAGUGUGGCCUGCUGGCUGCUGGCCUCUGCUCACUGCAGCGUGGUCUAUGUCAUGGAAUUCUCGGGGGACUCCUCUCACAGGCGGGGUACCAUUGGGACUUGCUACCUGGAGUUCCGGGAGGACCAGCUGGCCAUUCUGCUGCCUGUGAGGUUGGAGAUGGUUGUGGUCCUCUUUUUGGUCCCUCUGCUCAUCACCAGCUACUGCUACAGCCGCCUGGUGUGGAUCCUCGGCAGGGCAGGCAGCCGCCGACGGCAGAGGAGGGUGGCGGGGCUGGUGGCAGCCACGCUGCUCAACUUCCUCGUCUGCUUUGGGCCUUUCCACAUGUCCCAUGUCGUGGGCUUUGUCCAGGGUGAAAGCCCGGCGUGGAGGAUCUAUGUGAUGCUUCUCAGCACCCUGAACUCCUGUGUCGACCCCUUUGUCUACUACUUCUCCUCGUCCGCGUUCCAAGCCGACUUUCAUGAGCUGCUGAGGAGGCUGCGUGGGCUCUGUGGUCCAAGGUGGCAGGAGGGCAGUGUGGAGCUGAAGGAGCAGAAAGGAGGAAAGGAGCAGGGAGAGGACUGUCUAGCUGAAAGAAAGGGCAGUGAACACUCACAAGGCUCUGGUGCUGGCGGCCAGGUGGACUGUGCUGAAAGCUAGGUCCUCUGGGGCAGGAGGGUGUAGCUGGCGAGUCAUCUUCAGAGUAUUUCCUCACCCACACCAGGCGGGACUUGGAGUGGCCAACUGGGAAUCAAUGGGGCUUGGAGGUAGAGCAGGCACCUAAGGGUGUGCGCCCUAAAUCUGAGCUCUUGCUCUCACCUCCAUCCCCAUCCAUCCACGCUCUAUGGAUUGGGCUCUGGGAAGGGGUCAGGGUGAGCGGCUGCUCGGGAGAACAUUGAGGUCCUCAUAGCAGCAGGCGACUCCUGUGCUUUUCUGAUGGGGGCACAGGAGCUAAGAGCAGUGCCCGGGGUCUGAGGGGGCAGACCAGUGAGUGGCAGGGCUGGGAGAGGGGAGAAACCCAUCCUCAGGGCUGCUCCCAGCUGGCGAGUCAGGAGCGUGGGAGACAGGGCUCCAGGGAUGAGGCUGCAUUCUGCCCCCACAGCGCCUUUUCCAGAAAAGGCCAUUCCCAUUGCUCAAUACAUUUGGGUCAGAGAACAAUGACAAAUUUGGAUCAUGAACAAUGACAGAAGAAAAAUUACCCAAAUAAAUGAGGAAGCAAGC